AUGGGUAGCCAGCCGCACUCUCCGCUGGGGGCUGGUCCAAUGGACCUCUCGAUACCCCGGCCGAAUCUCCGGCGUGCCUCCCUGAGAAGCAGCAUGAGCGUGGUAUCUGACGUUGAGAUGGCCCGUAAUGAAGUUUUCGACGGUCCAAUCUCAGAGAGCAUCCCUUCAAGUGUUGUUUCCUUCUCCCACCGUCGCAAAAGAGCCGGGUCCACCGUCAGUUUCACCUAUUUUCAGGAUGAGGAAGACUUUGCGGAAUGGUCCAACGAAGACGCGGUGGAAGUGGACAGUGAUGUCGACGAUGCGUCGGGGACUGAGCUCGAAGAACCUGAUAUUGAAUCAGCCCGAGCGUCCUUCGUCUCCAAAAGAUUAUCACAAUCGAGAGAUUCGGCCGAGCGCCCUCUUCUUUCUCGGAUUAUUUCCUCGAGCUCUUAUGGCCGAGACCGAAGGCAUGGGAGUAGACUCAAUCAAAAAGUAUACAUUGCAUCCGAAGACUUGACGGCAGUGUUCGCGGGCUUCUCCACCAGCCGGGUUGGGUUUGCUCUUUAUCUGGCGUUGUGCGUCCUGACUGGCGGCUUCGCAUACCUUCUCUAUCGCUGGCUCCCUCGAUGGCGAGUGAAACUUAUUGGGAAGGCGGCGCCUCUCGGAAAAUGUGAAUGGAUUGCGAUUGAGGACCAAUGGAAUCAUUUCACCAUUCACAAAGUUGGCAGCCAACCAUACGGACGCCAGCUAUCUACAGUCUUCGUGGAUGCCCCAGGCCACACAUACGAUGAAGAUCGCGAUCCCACCAUCGAUAAAUUUGCCAUGAUCAAUGGCUGGAAGGAUCCUUCCUGGAUCAAUGCGAAAGCAAUGCGGGCCGGGCUUGAUGCUGACGAGCGUGACAGUAGAGAACAGCUCUUUGGCCAAAACGUCAUUGACAUCCAGCAAAAGACUGUCCCCCAGUUGCUGGUCGAUGAGGCCUUUCACCCCUUCUACAUUUUUCAAGUCGCGAGUCUCGUCCUGUGGUCCAUGGAUGAAUAUUACUAUUACGCAAUUUGCAUCUUCCUCAUCUCCGCAUUUAGUAUUGCGGCUACUGUCCUGGAGACGAAAUCGACCAUGCGUCGGCUAAGAGAAAUCUCAUUGUUUGACUGUGAUGUUCGUGUUCUCAGAAAUGGUUUCUGGCGCUCGGUUUCUUCCCAAGAUUUGGUACCCGGAGAUGUUUUUGAAUUCUCUGAUCCAUCCUUGAACCAGGUGCCAUGUGACUGUAUCCUGCUGUCGGGUGAUUGUAUCGUGAAUGAAAGCAUGCUCACUGGCGAGUCCGUUCCCGUGUCCAAGACGCCGUUCAUAGAUGACGCUCUCCAAUACCUCGACCUCAGCGCUCCUUCUAUCCACCCUCAUGUUGCUAAACACUUCUUGUUCAGUGGCACGAAGGUCAUUCGGGCUAGGCGACCCCAAAAUGUGGACGAGGAUGAAGCCGUUGCAUUGGCCAUAGUAGUCAGGACCGGGUUUUUGACCACCAAGGGUGCAUUGGUUCGUUCAAUGCUUUUCCCGAAGCCAUCCGGCUUCAAGUUCUAUCGUGAUUCCUUCAGGUAUAUUGCAGUCAUGGGAGUUGUUGCGCUUCUAGGCUUCGUCGCUUCGUUUAUCAACUUCGUUCGAUUGGGUCUUGCAUGGCAUCUCAUCAUAGUUCGAGCGCUUGAUCUGAUAACAAUCGUUGUCCCACCGGCGCUCCCAGCAACUCUCACCAUCGGUACCAAUUUUGCAUUGUCUCGUCUUAAGAAGCAGAGCAUCUUCUGCAUUAGCCCACAGAAAGUGAACGUGGGUGGUAAAUUGGACGUUGUCUGUUUUGAUAAGACCGGGACUCUCACAGAGGACGGUCUGGAUGUUCUCGGUGCACGCACGGUUAGCAGCAGCCAGAGAUUCUCCGAGUUGUUGUCCGAGAAAUCAUCGGGUCUUCUUCUCCCUCCGUCUUCCGCAGAUUCCCCGUUUGACCUUGUGAAACAACGAAAGAUUAUCUACACCAUGGCGACAUGUCACUCUCUCCGAGUCGUGGACGGUGAACUCCUAGGGGAUCCCCUUGACGUCAAGAUGUUCGAAUUCACCGGCUGGUCAUACGAAGAAGGAGGCAGCCAUGCUUCUGAGCAGACAAGCCCCAACUUCGACACAAUCAACCCCUCUGUUGCAAAGCCACCUGUGACCCAUGUUGGGGAAAGUCAGCAAAAUGGUCUAAAUACUCCCGUUGAACUUGGAGUCCUUCGUAACUUUGAAUUCGUUUCACAGCUUCGCCGCGCGAGUGUGGUUGUACGACAGUAUAGUGACAAGGGAGUAAGCUGCUUUGUCAAGGGUGCCCCCGAGAGCAUCAAGGACAUUUGUUUACCUGGAACUCUUCCGUCUGACUACGAUGAAUUCUUGAACUAUUACACCCAUAAGGGUUAUCGAGUAAUUGCAUGUGCUACGAAAUACCAGCCAAAGUUGAGCUGGAUGAAAGUUCAGAAGUUGACGCGCGCCGAUGUCGAAAGCGAUCUCGAGUUUUUGGGCUUCAUCAUCUUUGAGAACAAAUUGAAGCCUACCACCGCCAGCGUUAUUUCCGAGCUCAAUGAAGCCGGAAUUCGCAAUGUCAUGUGCACGGGUGACAAUAUCUUGACUGCAAUCAGUGUGGCUCGCGAGUGCAAGAUGAUCAGCCCCGACGAGGCAUGCUUCAUGCCGCACAUGGUGGAAGCUCCUGGCCUUGUUGCCAAAACCUCUCUUAUCUGGGAAUGCGUGGAUAACCCAGAUCUGAGAUUGGAUCCAAGAACGCUCCUUCCUCUCGAGACAGACUCGGAAUCCGACCCAUCUAUUCCAGGAAAUACUUUUCGUGAGCGGAAAUAUUGCCUCGCUGUGACUGGUGACGUAUUCCGUUGGAUGAUUGAUUAUGGAAACGAGGAUGUAUUGAGCAAGGUCCUGGUCAUUGGAAGGGUAUUUGCCCGAAUGUCGCCGGAUGAAAAGCAUGAACUGGUCGAAAAGCUUCAAUCAAUUGACUAUUGCUGCGGAUUUUGCGGUGACGGUGCCAAUGACUGUGGUGCAUUGAAAGCUGCGGAUGUUGGAAUUUCAUUAUCCGACGCUGAAGCAUCCGUUGCUGCACCCUUCACUAGUCGGCUUUUUGAGAUAUCUUGCGUGCCAAAAUUAAUCCGAGAGGGUCGAGCCGCUUUGACGACAAGCUUCUGCUGCUUCAAAUUCAUGAGUCUCUACUCUGCCAUCCAAUUUACCUCGGUCAGCUUUCUCUACACGUCCGGUUCCAACCUCGGUGAUUUCCAGUUUCUGUUCAUUGACCUAGCCCUUAUCAUGCCGAUUGCCAUCUUUAUGGGUUGGACCGGUCCCAGUUCCAAACUUUCUCAGAAGCGACCGACUGCAGAUCUUGUGUCUCGAAAAGUCUUGACGCCUCUGCUAGGACAAAUUACGAUUGUGAUUUUGUCCCAACUCGCAAUCUUUCAAACUGUCCAGUCUCAACCUUGGUUUCAACCUCCCCAGCUAGACCUGGAUAAGAGCAAUAUCGUUAAUUCAGAGAACACGGCCCUAUUUUUGUUCUCCUGCUUCCAGUACAUUUUGACUAGCAUCGUGCUGAGCGUGGGGCGGCCUUUCCGACAACCGAUGACCUCUAAUGUGCCGUUUCUGUGUACAAUGAUCAUCGAUCUCUUGAUCGCUGGCUUUAUGCUCUUCCGACCUUCCAAGUGGGUGGCGGAUGUUAUGCAACUUACAUGGAUGUCAGACGGGUAUCGCCUCUGGAUCUUGUUGUUCGCAUUCGCAGCAUUUGCGCUAUCCUGGACAGCUGAGGUUGUUGCCUUCCCACGCCUCGCGCGCUUUUUGGGGCAUGCUCGGGCUUGUCUUCAAACGAACUUCCGCAAGAAGCGUCGCCAGUACAAAGUGCUCCUGGAGGAGAUGCGUCUGUAG